CCCCUCAACUUCCAUGCAGGUUUGUCCAUCCACACGUUCCAUGGGAACUUCUUUGUGCGCUCCACGGAUCUGCUGUCCCUGCCCAAUGUGAACCCAGACGCGGGCUUUGCUGUGCAGAUGUCCAUUGAGGAGAACCUGGUGGACAUGCAGUCCGUCUCCUUCCAGGCUGCGCUGCUCUAUACAUCCAGCAAAGGAGAGAGAAGAAUUCGAGUCCACACCAUGUGUUUGCCUGUUGUCAACUCCCUGUCUGACAUCUUUGCUGGGGCUGAUGUCCAGGCUAUCACUGGUCUGCUGGCCAGCAUGGCUGUGGAUCGCUCGGUGACAUCCAGUUUGAGUGACGCCCGGGACGCGAUGACCAACGCUUCCAUUGACUCUCUGACAUCCUACCGCACCUCUGUGCUCACCAUCCAGCAGCCUGGCCUCCUGGCCCCCGCCUGCCUCAGGCUGUUCCCCCUCUACAUCCUGGCCCUGCUCAAACAGAAAGCUUUCCGAACCGGUACAAGCACCAGGCUGGACGACCGUGUGUUUGCCAUGUGUCAGCUGAAGUACCAGCCCCUGGCCUACGUCAUGCUGAUGAUCCACCCAGCGCUGUACCGCGUGGACGACCUGACUGACGAGGGAGCCCUGAACAUCAGUGAGCGCGCCAUCCCCCAGCCCAGAGUCCAGCAGCUGUCUGUGGAGAAGCUGAGCAGAGAGGGGGCCUUCCUCAUGGAUGCUGGCUCGGUGAUCUAUCUCUGGAUCGGAAGAAACUGCAACCCCGACUUCCUCACGCAAGUCCUGGGGGUCCCAGACUACGCUGCUGUGCCUCAGAACAUGAACCUUCUCCCGGAGUUGGACACUGCAGAGUCCCAGAGAACCAGAGCGUUUGUUGGCUGGCUGAGGGAACAGAGGCCCUUUUUCCCCAUCCUGCAUGUCAUUAGGGAUGAGAGCCCACUGAAAGCCAGCUUUAUGCAGAACAUGAUUGAGGAUCGGACAGAGUCGGCCUUGUCUUACUAUGAGUUUUUACUCCACGUCCAACAGCAAGUCUCCAAGUAAACGCAGCGUAUGGAGUCAGCCCUGGGAACACUGACCGGAUGUGCAUCAGUGUGUGAACGAACGUUGGGAAGAUUGAACCUGUCAGGAACGGCUGACUCUCACAGCAUCUUCAGUUAUGGCGCACUAUUUUUGUGUCUAGCAUUGCCUUUCCUAAAGAUUGCCCCCCCCAUCCGCAGACUUUCUUUCAAACAGAUCAAACUUUGUGGUGACAUGGACAGAGGCAACUAGGCUAAUUCUGAUUUGCCUCUUUUUGUUUUCAGCUGGAACAUGUCAAGACCAGGGAAUCCAUGAAACGAUAUUAUGUACAUCAGUGAUUGAACAAAUCAGUGUUUAUUCUCAUAGAGCUAUGCUUUCUAAGAGAUCUUUUCAGAUACAGUUCUGGCUAUGGAUGUGAAGUCUUGUUCAAAAAGCACCGUUGUAUUUGUUAAUAAAGUAAUAUAUGUAUCAUGCUGAAGGCCAUGUUGGAGGAGUAUCGUCUAACCUUGGACUGUUUAUUAUUGGAUGUCAACUUAUGCAUAAGAAUACAGUAUAUCUCAGCUAUGAUGAUGAUGACAAUAGUAAUCUACCAAUUAGUGGUAAAGGACAGAAGUUUGGUUAUUGUGUCGAACAAAUCUCUAGGCUUAAUGUAAAGUCCAAAAUGUAGAUGUUUUUAAAGGUGAACAGAGCUCGUUAUAAUUUCCUGCCUUGAAUGUUGUUGACUAAGGGGGAUUCCACGGUAACAGUGACACUGAGACUCAAAUAUUUCACUUUAAAAUGUAUUUCAAACAAAAACCAGUGAUUGCAAAGUUAAACAAACCAUACAACUCUAUGCAUAAUGUCUGUUACUGUGGAAUUGCCCCUAAGCAAUGGAAUGCCGUCUCAUCUCUUGGGUCUGGUCUUUCCUUCAAAGACUCACCCUUUUUCCUCCUCUUGGACAUUCAAAACUAUCAUUUUUUUGUGUUUUUAGUUUAAUUUAUGAGAUUCCCGAUCUGAUUAAAUACGGUUAUUGCCUUGUAUGGGAACUCACUUUUUAUUAUUGAAACUGUUUAAAUACAGAUACAUGAAAUAUUUUAAUAUAAUAGGAUAUGGGAAAUUCUUUAACGCAGACAUAAAGCCAUUGUGAUCUUUUAAUCAUGCUUAUUGAUACUUGUAUAUUGAAAAUACUACAUUAUAAUGGUAAAGAAUUGCUGAUUUUAGUAUGAACAUAUGAAGAGACGCUAAUAAAAUUUUGGGACUUUUUAAACGUA